AUGGCUGACAAUCGUGCCGCAGACGCCAACGUGGUCAUGAGCCGUGACCUUGGCUCGACAAAUACCAUCGUUGUUGAUGGAGGGUCUGAGAAUGGCAAGGCUCAUCAGUUCAACGAGCAGACGAAUUAUGUACCCAAAAGAGCCAUUAUCACAAUAUUCCUAGCUUGUGCAAGCGUCGACUUGCUAGCAUUGAUGGACCAGACCAUGCUGGCAACCAGUCUAUACAUCAUUGGAAAUGCCCUCGGCUCGACGGCUCAAGUCUCGUGGAUAGCGAGCGGAUAUUUCAUAACCUCGACUGUCGGGCAACUCAUGUAUGGAAGACUGUCAGAUAUUUGGUCUCGCAAGAUAAUUCUCCUCAUGGGUCUUGCCAUCUUCUUCAUCGGAUCGCUUGCCUCUUCUCUUGCACAGUCUGUACUUCAACUAACUAUCUUUCGUGCUUUUACUGGUAUCGGAGGAGGUGGACUCAUGACUGUUGCGCAGCUAAUAGUGAGUGAUGUGGUUCCGUUGAGAGAACGGGGCAAGUACCAGGGCAUUUUGGGCGCUGUGGUUGCUAUCGCCAAUGGCAUAGGACCUGUCAUAGGAGGCGCACUCUCUUCGAGUUCCGAAGAUUCAUGGCGGUGGAUCUUUAGAAUGCAGCUUCCUUUGACGCUUCUGACGACUUUUUGUGUUCUCUUCUUCAUGCCAUUAAAAAAAGUGGAAGGAGACUGGAAGUUGAAACUCAAAGCCGUGGACUUCCUCGGCAUAUUCCUCGCCCUAGCUGGUAUGACUGUGGUCAUUCUGGGAUUAACUUGGGGAGGAAAGGACUAUGCCUGGAACUCUACUCAGGUCAUUACAACCUUGGUUGUAGGUACAGCAGUCUCCGUUGCCUUUAUGUUCUGGCAGUGGAAGGGUCCCAAAUACCCUCUGAUACCGUUGCACAUAUUCAAGUCGAAGAUCGUCAACGGCGCAUGUCUAACCAUGGCCAUCAAUGGCUGGAACUUCGUCAUGCAAGUCUACUACAUACCCUCAUUCUACCAACUAGUCUACGGCUACGCAGCCACCAAAGCUGGAGCAAUGCUCUUGCCAAUCACGCUUCUCCAAACCGCCAGCAGUACCCUCUCAGGCCUCAUAGUACAUUGGGUAGGCCGCUACCGGGAGUGCAUCCUCUUCGGCUGGCUUUGCUGGGCUGUUGGUCUUGGCCUGAUGUCAACUCUGGAUGAGAGUACUGGCGUAGGCAAGCAGAUCGGAUACUCGGUACUCAUUGGUGUCGGGGUAGGAAAUACGUUGCAACCUGCGCUCAUUGCUACGCAAGCUGGUGUUGAGAGACGUGAUAUGGCAGUUGUCACGUCAUUUCGCAAUUUUGUAAGGAACCUGGGAGCGACAUUGGGCCUUGCGGUAUGCGGCACAGUUUUGAAUAACGUCCUGGCCAGUUCACUAUCAUCUCUAAAUCUCAGAGACCAUGAGUCCAAGACCCUACUAGGCAAUCCUCAAACCUUUCUCGACACAGUCUCACCAGAAGAAGCAGCAAGGAUUCGCUCAGUUCUCAUCCCAGCUUACAGACAAGCCUUCCGCAUAAUCUUCCUUAUCGGCGCGGGCGUAGCCAGUCUCGCAUUCAUUUUGGCAUAUUUUCUUAUGCCGCAGGUCAAUCUUACUCGACCAGAUGACUCAAAACUGAAAGAAGAAGGUCGCAGAGCGUACGAGGAAAAGAAGACAAAAGACAUUAGUUAG